GCAGCGGCGGUGGCGGUAGCCGUGGCCGGGACUGGGCGAGUUGGAGCGAGCGGCGGCGGCGGUACAGCUGCGGCGGCAGCAUGGCUUCGUCACAGGGAAAGAACGAGCUGCUCUUCGCCGACUGGAUGGCAGCGCUGCCCGGCAGCCUCCACAGCACCCCGCUCACCAACCUGGCCAUCCCCGGGUCUCAUGACUCUUUUAGCUUCUACAUUGAUGAAGCCUCUCCAGUUGGGCCUGAACAGCCAGAGACAGUCCAGAAUUUUGUGUCAGUUUUUGGCACUGUGGCUAAAAAGCUGAUGAGGAAGUGGUUGGCUACACAGACCAUGAACUUCACCAGCCAGCUGGGGGCAGGUAUCCGGUAUUUUGAUCUCAGAAUUUCCACCAAGCCCAGAGACCCAGACAAUGAACUCUAUUUCGCUCAUGGUUUAUUCAGUGCCAAAGUCAAAGAAGGUCUGGAGGAGAUCAACGCAUUCCUCACUGAGCACCCAAAAGAAGUGGUCUUCUUGGACUUCAAUCAUUUCUACGGGAUGCAGAAGUGCCAUCAUGAAAAGCUUGUCCAGAUGCUCAAGGACACAUAUGGAAACAAAAUGUGUCCCGCUAUAUUUGCCCAUGAAGUCAGUCUCCAGUACCUGUGGGAAAAGGAGCACCAAGUGCUAGUGUUCUACCACAGCCCAGUGGCUGUUGAGGUGGCCUUUCUGUGGCCAGGCCAGAUGAUGCCAGCUCCCUGGGCAAACACAACAGAUACGGAAAAGCUGAUUCAGUUCCUGCAGGCAUCAAUCACUGAAAGAAGAAAGAAAGGCUCCUUUUUCAUAUCUCAAGUAGUGCUGACGCCAAAGGCUAGUACGGUGGUGAAAGGGGUUGCAAGUGGUCUCAGAGAAACGAUCACAGAAAGGGCUCUUCCUGCAAUGAUGGAGUGGGUCCGAACUCAGAAAGCAGGAGAAAGUGGUGUGAAUAUUAUCACUGCAGAUUUUGUAGAACUUGGUGACUUUAUCAGCACAGUCAUAAAGCUCAACUAUUCUCUGGAUGAAGGUGAAGAUGACACUACUUGAUAGUACUGUGAUAUGUAUGUUGUUGCAUUAUUCAGAAUUUGAAAAAAAAAAAAAAAAGAAAGAUUGUAUUGUAAAAGGAUUAUAUUGUAAAACACUCAUCUUCUUGUAACACACUGAGGUGUUUAGGGCUUUAGUGGGUGGGCAUAAGGGAAAUGUUUUCAUCAUUUAUGAUCAUUUUUUCAUGUUUGUGUUUAAUGUGAAGAGCAAAACUAAACAUGUUUACAGUGUUUGACAAAAGAAGGCCAUUUACAGGUUCUCCAUGAGGUACCAAAUGUGAUUCAUGUGUCUUCUGUGGUUAUGAACAGUGCCAAGAAAUUUGUUGUUUUCAGAGCAAGGGGAUGUAUAUAUUGUCCUCUUCCUGCUCACAGCAGGAUUCCAAAUGGUGUGAGCAUUGCACCAGGAGACUGAGGACAGUAUAUCUGGCACGACAAGUUCAAGCUGCUACAUUUCAUCUGUUAGGUGGUUUAACUGAUCAUAUUUAUCAAUGAGCUGCAGGUUUAAAUGCCUUUGUGAUGUAAAUCCGAAGUCAUGCUUCUAACACAUGCAUAAUCAGUGGACAGUAAAUAUGAUGUGUUAUGUACCAUAAUCAGUGGACAGUAAACAUGUGUUAUGUUACCAUAAUCAGUGGGCAGUAAACAUGAUGUGUUAUGUUACCAUAAUCAGUGGGCAGUAAACAUGAUGUACCGUGUAGCUUGCACAAAGCACAGACAAAAUCCUGCUUGCUUUUCAUUCUCAAAAUGGGUUUUUCCAGUGUCUCUGCCUCAGGUCAAGCCAGCAGAUAUGUGAUACUGGCCUAACUCUGUAAUCACAAAGUAUUUCAACACCCUGGCCAUUGGCAGGACACUUUUCACUAAACCAGGUUGCUCAGAGCUCCAUCCAGCCUGGUUUUUCACACUUCCAGGCAUGGGGGCAUCCACAACUUUUCUUGGCAACGUGUUCUAGUGCCUCAUCACUCUUACAGCAAAGAAUUUUUUCCUAAUAUCUAAUCUAAACCUACUCUCAGCCUGAACCAUUCCCGCUUGUCUGUCACUAUAUGUCCUUGUAAAAAGUCUCUCUCCAUUUUUCUUGUAGACUCCCAUCAGGUACUGGAUGGCCAAAAUUAGGUCACCCCAAAGUCUUCUCUUCUCCAGACUGAACAAUCCCAAUUCUCCCUCAGCCUUUCCUCAUAGGAGAGGCGCUCCAUCCUUCUGAUCAACUUCAUGGCCUCCUCUGGACUGGCUCCAACAGUUCCAUGUCCUUUUUAUGCAGAGACCCCAGCU